AUGGCGACUCUGGCGGAGAAGCUCGAGAAGAUCAAGUCUCCCAAGCUGCAGAACCAGCACCACACCGCUGUGGUGCUCUCUGCAGUGGAGGAUACUCUUCGCGAUCAAAAAGCCGAUUUCUCUCCUACCGCUUAUUUCGCUGCCCUCCUUGCCCUGCUUUCUCAGUCGCUGUCGGCUGAGCAAGGUAUCGUCAACAAGGAUUUGGCAACUUCCGUCGUCUACCUGCUCGAUAUCACCACCGCCUAUGUUCCUGCCCCCAUCCUCCGCUCAAAAUUCUCCCAGAUCCUCACUAGCCUCGCCCCUGCAUUGUCACUCCCCGAGGUCGAGGCACCGCUCUUGCGACCCUCAAUUGGAAGUCUUGAGUCGCUGCUGAUCGCCCAAGAUGCCGCUGCAUGGAACCUCCCGCAUACCGCAAUCGGUCCGCGCCGUGCCACAGCUGGUCUGCUGAGUUUGUCGGUUGACCAUCGCCCCAAGGUGCGCAAGCGCGCCCAGGAGGCUCUGAUUCAGGUUCUCAAGAACCCCCCACCCAGCCCGUCUCUGGACCACCCGGCUGCCGAUAUGUGCGCUGAGUCCGCCAUGAAGACUCUUAGCGACGGUAUCGCGGCUGCGACAAAGCAAAAGAAGAACCGCAAUGAUGCGCAGUCCCGGGAGAACCACGAGCCUUUGAUCAUUCACUCUUUGCAGUUGGUCAAGACCAUUGCUUCGGCCUCCGGUGGCUGGCCCAGCAAGAAGAUCGAGGCUCUGUGUGAGUUGCUGAUGAACGCUUCGCGCUCCACGAAUGAGUACAUCACUAUGGGUGCGUUUGAGGUUUUCGAGGUUAUUUUCGAGGGUAUGGCGGAUGAGUUCUCUUCCUCUAAGCUCCCCCGUCUGUUGGACGCCAUUACCGAACUCAAGCCCGCACAGAACGACUCUCAGCUCCUCCCACCCUGGAUCGCUGUUCUGUCCCGUGGUUACGACGUGUCUGCUCAGAUUACCCCCGAGGAUACAUUUGCGAAGCUUCCCGAACUGUUCCAGCUGAUCGCUGGUUUCUUGGCUUCGCCCUCCCACAACAUUCGCGUGUCGGCAUCUGAGUGUUUGAUUUCGUUCCUGCACAACUGCAUUCCCAACAGUGUCAUUAUCGAGGCCUCGAUCUACGAUGAGAAGACCCUUGAGAAGUUGGCCCGCGCAGCUUCUGAUUUGCUGUCUGUGAAAUACCAGGCUGCAUGGAUGGAGGUUUUCAACGUCUGCUCCGCGCUGUUUGACUGCUACAAGUGGCGGUCCAGCCCCUUCUUGGUUGAUAUUGUUUCAACCAUUGGUGAGCUGCGUAGCAAUGAGACUUUCCACGGCAAGAAGGAGGCCGAUGCUGUCCUCGGAAGUGCCAUUGAGGCCAUGGGCCCUGCUGCCGUUCUCGAGAUUCUGCCUUUGAACAUUAUCGAACAGAAGAACGGCCAACCUGGUCGCGUUUGGAUGCUGCCCAUUCUCCGUGAUAGCGUGACAAAUACCAACCUGGGACACUUCCGUUCCGAGUUUGCACCUCUCAGUGAGGCGCUUUACCAGAAAAUGGUUGACUUCCAAUCCCUGGAGAAGCCCGUCGAGGCGAAGAUUUUCGAGACCCUCGUCCAGCAGACUUGGGGUAUUCUCCCCGGAUACUGUGAGCUCCCGCUUGAUGUGGUUGAGUCCUUUGACCAGAGCUUCGCUGAGCUGCUGUCCAAUGUCCUUUACAAGCAGACCGAUCUGCGUGUCGAGAUUUGCCGCGCCCUGCAGAACCUGGUUGAGUCCAACCAAGCCAUUCUGUCCAUCGAGGCUGAGGAGGAGGAUCUGAUCCUGCAGCGCCGUAUCACCAAGGCUGCCGCUGCUAAGAACAUCGCCCACUUGGCUGGCUUUGCUAGCAACUUGCUCGCUGUGCUGUUCAACGUUUACAGCCAGACCCUUCCCCACCACCGCGGUUUCAUUCUGCAAUGUAUCAAUUCCUACUUGAGCAUUACUCCUGAAACUGAACUUAAUGAGACAUUCACUCGGGUGACCACAAUGCUCGAGGAGUCAUUGGCCAUGGAGCAGAACAACCCUGUCAAGCAGGAUCCUUCUAAUAAGAUGCCCCCGACCUCGCACACUUUGAUCGACCUAGUCAUCGCCAUGUCCAUCUACCUGCCCCGUUCCAGCUUCGCCGGUCUCUUUGCUAUGGCCGCCGCUAUCCUGAACGGAAAUUCUCCCAACCCCGACCAGCAGCUCAUCAAGAAGGCUUACAAGCUGAUUCCCCGACUUGGCUCAACCGAAGCUGGCAGCGCUGCUUUGCAGGAGCGCAGUGCCGAGCUGCAGGCCCUCAUGCUUGCCACAAUUGACAAGACUCCGGCUUCUGGUCGCCGAGACCGUAUGCUUGCCAUUCACGAGCUGAUCACUCACCUCCCCACCUCCGAGCUUCACUUCAUCCCGGCCAUCCUGUCCGAGGUAGUCCUUGGAUGCAAGGAGAGCAACGAGAAGGCCCGCACGGCUGCCUUUGACUUACUGAUUCACCUUGCCCGUCGCACCAGCGAUGACGAGCGCAACCCGGCUGGCACUGUGAUCCGUAACUCCCUGGUCUCCCACAUGCCCGAUGACGCCCCCGAUGCCCCCGCCACUAUUGAAGAAUUCUUCACCAUGGUCUCUGCCGGUCUGGCCGGUUCCUCGCCUCACAUGGUCGCUGCAUCGGUCACAGCUCUGUCUCGCCUGUUUUUCGAAUUCCAGACUAAGCUCCGCGCCGAAGUUCUCACUGACCUCGUCGCAACCGUCGAGCUCUUCCUCACCAGCAACAACCGUGAGAUUGUUCGUUCCGUCCUCGGCUUCGUCAAGGUCGCCGUCGUCGUUCUCCCUGACGAGACUCUGCGUCCUCGCCUGUCAACCCUAGUCCCCAACCUCAUGGCCUGGAACAAGGAGCACAAGGGCCGUCUUCGCAGUAAGGUCAAGGGCAUCAUCGACCGCCUGGUCCGUCGCUUCGGUGCCCCGUUGAUGGAGAACCUGGUCGGCGAAGAAGACCGCAAGCUGGUCGUGAACAUCCGCAAGCAGCGUGAGCGCAACAAGCGCAAGAAGAAGGAGGGUGCCGAGGGCGGCUCCGACGACGAAGACGAAGACAAGCCUGCCCAGCAAUCCGGCAACGCCUUCGACAAGGCCGUCUACGGCUCCGACGACUCUGAUGACUCGGACGACGGCGAUGACGCCUCAGACGUUGACGUCGACGAAAACACCCGUAUCAAGGGCAAGAAGGAUCGGUCCCGCCAGAGCACCCAGUACAUCCGCGAAACAUCUCCUGAAGAUAACCCGCUUGAUCUGCUCGCUCCUGACGCUCUUGCGAAUAUCUCUACCACAAAGCCCAGUCUCCGUUUCCUGAACACCGGUCCCGGCUCUAAGCGUAAGCACGCUGCCAAGUUCGAUGCGGACGGCAAACUGCUCCUGGGCGAUGAUGACGCAAAUGAUGAUGUCGAGAUGGCCGGUGAUGCCCCUGCUGGUGGUGUCAAUGCCUACCUGGCAGCCGUCAGCGGUCCGGACGCUGUCCGCCGUGGCCAGAAGGGUAAGGUCAAGAUGGGCCAGGCUAAGCGCCGAGGAGGUGACGCUAUGGAUCUCGACGAGGAGGAUGAGGCCGCUUUGAACGAGGAUAUGCGUAAUAAGGGCCCCAACACCGGUCGUCGUGGUCUUGGUGUGCCCAAGACUCCUGGUGCCCCAGGCGGCGGCCGCAUCGAGAAGCGGUCUUCCUGGGGUGGUCGUGGCGGCGGUGAUCGCGGUCGCGGCGGCUUCGGUGGUCGUGGAGGCGGUGACCGCGGUCGUGGCGGCUUCGGUGGUCGCGGUGGUGGCCGUGGAGGAUUCAGCCGUGGCGGUGAUCGCGGUCGCGGCGGCUUCGGCGGCCGUGGUGGUGGCCGUGGAGGUGGUGAUCGUGGUGGCCGUGGAAGACGGUAA